GGAUACGCAGCUGGAAAUGCCGUUCCAAGCCCAUUAAAAAAUGUGGAGAAAGAAUUUCUGAAGAAGUACUGGGCUAGAUGGAAGGCUAGCCACACUGGUCGUUGUCGUGCAAUGCCUCAUAUCAAGACGUUUCUGCGUUACAACGGUCAAUCAUUAGCGUGGUUAUUGCUUACUUCGUCAAAUCUCAGCAAAGCUGCCUGGGGAAGUCUUCAGAAAAAUAAUUCUCAGUUGAUGAUUCGCUCCUACGAGCUAGGGGUGCUCUUUUUGCCAUCUUCUGUUAAACGUGGCUGUGGAUUUUCUUGUACAGAUAAUGGUUAUUCAUCAGAGGACGAAACUAGUAUGCACGAAGGGAACAGAAUAAAGCUGGUAACUCUAGCUUGGCAAGGAAAGGGAAAUGAUGAUUAUUCUGAAGUACUAAAGUUGCCCGUGCCUUAUGAGCUUCCUCCAAAACCAUAUUCCGCUGAAGAUAUUCCUUGGUCAUGGGAUCGGCGAUAUACCAAGAAAGACGUUUAUGGCCAAGUUUGGCCGAGACAAGUAAAGCUAUAUACCAACCAAGACUCAUGAUGUUCUCAAUGAUAGGAUUAUUGUGUUAGAUGAAAAGUUAAUGAUCAACUGACACUAGAAUAGAGUCCUUGCUUCUUUUUCUGUAUCUAUUCUGCGAUACGAAUCUUUAGAAUGCUAGUAGCAGCAUUAUGAUCUGGUUUUCCAUAGACGGUUGAUAAACUCUUCAUCAGUUGGCACUAAAUUAAAGUCCUUGCUUCUGUAUAUUUUCUUCAGCAUGAAUCUUUAGAAUGUGAGUACCAUUUAUCA